AUGGAUGAAAACGAUGAAGAAGUGACCGCUCCAAAAGAACAACUCGCACCAAAGGAGGAACCUCUUCGGCGAUCAAUGAAGGCAUUUGAGCCGAUCUCUGUUGAAAAGAGUAAUACUCUACUUCAUCUUCUCUAUGCACAACGAGAUUAUCCAGCAUGUAAAGCACUCAUUGGGGAAUUAAUCGAACAAUAUCAAGGAGAAUGUGAAUAUCCAAUCUUUAUUCGAUCAGUCAUCGCCAGAGAAGAGUGUGAUCUUGAGGAAUCGAUGAAUUGGAUGAGAAAAGCUCAAGCACUUGCUAGAAAUGAUGCAAAGUACUUGAUGCAUAUUGGACGACUUUAUCUCUUGAUGGGAAAUCACACGGCAGCCGUUGAACAAUUGGAGAGAUCGGUGACUUUGGACAAGAUGAACUAUAAAGCUUAUUUCUGGCUUGCUCGUGCCGUUUACCACCUCGACACAAAUCUUUUUGAUCCGGCUGAAAAAGCGAAGGAUAUUCUUCUCAAUGCUCCUGUACUUCAUCAUUCAGCUGAACUUCUCAUUUUUCUUGCAAAGCUUUUCACGCAACUUGGAGAGUCGAUAGCCGCUAUUCAAACGUAUAAAAAGGCAUUAGAGCUUGAACCAGAGAAUGUCGAGUUAAUGGUACAUUUGGGUAUGCUUUAUUUGAGAACGAAAAACGAGGAUCCCGCAUUUGCAAUGUUUGGCAGAGCAUUGAGCUACGAUGCAGCACACGCAGACAGUAGUGUCAUGCAGGCACACGGUGAUCACGACGUGGCUCUCAAUAAGUAUCGAAUAGCGGCAGAAAAAUGUGACUACAAUGGGUGUCUCUGGAAUAAUAUCGGAAUGUGUCUUUUUGCAAAGGGGAAAUUCGUUGCUGCGAUCUCUUGUCUCAAAAAGGCUGCUUUCCUGUGCCCGCUUGAAUAUCGUAUCUUAUACAAUCUGGGAUUAGUUCAUAAUGCAAUGCAACAAUACUGUUCGGCAUACCAUUUUCUGGCGGCAUCAUUAUCGCUUAGCCCAAGGAAUGCUCAAGUUUUAGGAACACUAGCUGUAACUCUAUCCAAUAUGAAAGAUGUCAACAAUGCUGCAAAAGCCUAUCAACGGGCGCUCAGUUUUGACAAUGACCCUCAGAUCAUUCUAAACUAUGCAAUUUUUGAAGGACAAAAUGGAAAUUUGGAGAAAACGAGGGAACUCUUUGAAAGAUUCCAACAAGUCACACAAGAGAUCACAGUCAAUCAGCAACUUCGACAACUAGCCGAAAAAGUAGCUGUUCUUUUUCUCGGCAGCAUGAACGACAAUCCACCAAACGAUCCACCACCUAGCUCC